CGGAGCAAGGCCGCACCUCGCUUUCAGGAGAGGGCGGCUAAAUAAACAUCUGGCCAUGAAUGUAAACGGCCGGGGCCGCGCUGGAGGUCGCGGCCGGGUGCCAGCGGUGGAUGUGCCGCUCUGCACAAGAUCCCGCUCGUCCCCUCCUUCGUGCCAGCCUGGCAGCCCCCAACCCUGUCCCAUUCCUACGUGAUGUUUCCCUUAAGUGGUGCCGAGCUGUUUAGUCUUCCCCUGGCUUUGCGCUGGAACUUCCUUUGUUUAAUCGCCGCACAAAGAGAGGUUUGUUCGCUGCGGCAGCCGGCGGAACAAAGAGACUUCCACGUCUCCUGUUUUUCCAAGGCGGGAUGAAUCACUGAGCUCCGCACGCCGGUAUUCCCCUCGCCCGGGGAUUUGCGUUGGGGAAGCGGCGAUUGGAGCGGAUUCCAGGGGCCGGGAGAGGAGCGGAGCAGCCGCUGGCAGCGCUCCCCGCAGCGCUGCUCCCUGCGGAGCCCCGCGCUCAUCGGGGCCGCUUUGACGUCGCUCUUUAACCAUUUCGGGGCCGCGCAGCCGCCGCUGCCGGCCAGGACACCGCGCCAUCGGCAUGCUCCAGGAGUUCAAGAGGAUGCUGAACCGGGAGCUGACCCACCUGUCCGAGAUGAGCCGCUCCGGCAAUCAGGUGUCCGAAUACAUUUCCAACACUUUCCUGGACAAGCAGAACGAUGUGGAGAUCCCCUCUCCCACCCAGAAGGACAGGGAGAAGAARAAAAAGCAGCAGCUCAUGACACAGAUCAGCGGAGUGAAGAAAUUAAUGCACAGCUCSAGCUUGAACAACACCAGCAUCUCACGAUUCGGGGUGAAAACGGAGAAGGAAGAUCAUCUGGCCAAGGAGCUGGAAGACCUGAACAAGUGGGGCCUCAACAUCUUCAACGUGGCCAGGUACUCGCACAACCGSCCGCUGACCUGCAUCAUGUACGCCAUAUUCCAGGAGCGGGACCUGCUGAAGACGUUCAAGAUCUCGUCGGACACGUUUGUGACGUACAUGAUGACCCUGGAGGAUCACUACCACUCGGACGUGGCUUACCACAACAGCCUGCACGCCGCCGACGUGGCCCAGUCCACCCACGUGCUGCUCUCCACGCCAGCCCUGGAUGCUGUCUUCACRGAUCUGGAAAUCCUCGCUGCCAUCUUCGCGGCCGCAAUCCACGAUGUGGAUCACCCCGGGGUCUCCAACCAAUUCCUGAUCAACACAAAUUCUGAGCUGGCCCUGAUGUACAACGAUGAAUCCGUGCUGGAGAACCAUCACCUCGCUGUGGGCUUCAAGCUGCUCCAGGAGGAGCACUGCGACAUCUUCCAGAACCUGACCAAGAAACAGCGCCAGACCCUCCGCAAGAUGGUGAUAGACAUGGUGUUGGCCACCGAUAUGUCCAAGCACAUGAGUCUGCUGGCUGAUCUGAAGACCAUGGUGGAAACCAAGAAGGUGACAAGCUCAGGAGUUCUCCUUCUGGACAACUACACAGACAGAAUACAGGUUCUCCGGAAUAUGGUACAUUGCGCAGACUUGAGUAAUCCCACAAAAUCUCUGGAGCUCUACCGGCAGUGGACGGACAGGAUCAUGGAGGAGUUCUUCCAGCAGGGGGACAAAGAACGGGAGAGAGGCAUGGAGAUCAGCCCCAUGUGUGACAAGCACACAGCCUCGGUGGAGAAAUCCCAGGUGGGGUUCAUCGAUUACAUCGUCCACCCGCUCUGGGAGACGUGGGCUGACCUGGUGCAGCCCGACGCCCAGGACAUCCUGGACACUCUGGAGGACAACAGGAACUGGUACCAGAGCAUGAUACCUCAGAGCCCRUCCCCUCCGCUGGAGGAGCGGGGCCAGGACUGCCAGGGCAUGAUGGAGAAGUUCCAGUUUGAACUGAYGCUGGAGGAGGAGGACUCGGACGGGCCGGAGAAGGACGGCGAGAGCCUCGGCUACUUCAGCAAUCCCGAGGCGCUGUGCGUGGCCCACCCGGGGGAGGAGGAGCCCCAGGGGGAGGCCACCAUCGAGAUUGUGACAGAGGACACCUCUCCCGUGGACACAUAAUGGCCCAGCCCCGCGGCAGUGGCUUUCACACACUUCAGGAGCUUGCAAGCGGUCUCGGACAGCCUGCAGCCGGUCUGAGCCCCUGGCACGGGGGCGGCAGAUCCUCCCAGCUACUUGAGAUUGGAGCCGGGCUUCCGGUGGGGUAGGGAACGAGUGAAUGAUUGCUCAGGAAACGCACGGGUGAUUGGCGCUGCGGUUUGGGCCUCGCCGGCCGAGAGCGUGGCGCUGCCCUUGGCUCGGCGCCGAGGCGGCGGGGACGCACCACCGAGAGAUUUUGUACCGCUGCUUGUGGGAUUGUACCGGUUAGACCGAUAGAAACUACUGAUCAAUAACCCAUAUCCGACCUGUCCACCCGACCACCUGUCUGCAGACCUGUGUGCCUUCUUUGUAAACACUUUCAUGUCUUUGCGAGAGUCUCUGGAUUCGACACGCGGGGUGUGGUAGUUCAGAAGCRACACCGAGUGUUUCAGGGUUGACGGCUACUUUUUGGAUUCUUCCUGUUACCAGAAGCAGUCUUCCUUUCUUUUCAUGGGCAAUACCUGUCACUUUAUUGCAGUUCCUCACUUUGACAGACUGAACAGAAGGGGAAACCCUCUGCUUUGCAUUGCUGCACCUUCAGUGUGUUCCUAUUUCCCCCGGCGAGCCGCUGCAAGUCCCUCGGUGCCGUUCCCUCGCUAGGAGCGGCAGGGUUUGUUCCUCGCCGGGGUUCGGGUUUGUGGGGAGCAGGACAGAGGGCAGUUCAUUUUUCCCUGGCACAGCUCAGUCCAUCCCUGAGUAAGCGUGGCAAGGCAGCGUGUGAACGCCUUCCCCCUCGGCAGCUCCUCGGAAUUUGCACGCUCGGAUAUUUGUGUUUCUCUGGCCUCUCGUCCACGUUCCCUUGUUUAGGUCCACCGUCCUCCUCCUCCUCCUCCUGCACUGCCUCGAGCUCUACCACCUCCAUUACUGUUUAUAACAGUGUAUUUAUUACCUACUGUACAUACUGUAAUGUUUUGUAAGUUAUUAAUUUAUAUGAAUUAGCAUCGCCUGUCGGCGGCGAUGUUAAUGGGGUAGAAAACUCGGAAUAAGAGUUGCCUUUUUUUCUCGUAACCUUUUGUAUCGCAUAAAGUCCAAGAACCUGAACGUAGCUGAAGAGACAGACACAACCCAGGAAGGGCAUUUGGGUGGCGGCCGCCCACGGGGAGGGGACACCACAUCCCAGGGCAGCGAUUUGGGAAUUUGCAGAGAGGGGGAACCGAGCACAGAGCUCCCCGCGCCCGGGACGGCUUUUCAAUGUCACCGUGUUCCAAUUUCCGAACAACCCAAUGUGAAUUUCUAUGGCAAAAAAAAACAAACAAAAAAAAAAUGUGAACUGAUGUAAUAAUUGUGCUGUGAAACUUCCUCCGACAAAGCUUGUCCGGCAUCGUGAGCGGCGUCGAUCUCGGUUUGUAAAAUACGUUUCAAGCUUUUUGGUCCAACUCGUGACUGAUUAGUUCAUGACAAUAGCACAGUUGUGCAUGAUCCAUGGGUUCGUUUGUCUGUUGAACACUGCGUUGUUCCAGGUGGGUAUUUUAUUGUUCCCCAAGGUUUCACACGAUGUAUGUUAUAGUAUUCUAUAUUGUGUUCAGAUGCAUUCUUAAGAGAUUUUUAUAUGAAGUGAAUAAAUGAAAGCAUGACCCAG